ACAGAAGCAACAACAGAAGCAGCAGAAGCCACAACAGAAGCAGCAGGCGAAGGAAGACGAGGAGGAGGAGGUUCCUACUGCUGCCGGGGAGGAGUACAUGGCCAAGCUUAUGUUGAAGGCCGCCCAGGUGGCCGGACAGACCUACGAUGACCCCUCGGACGGACCUUCUCUAUCCAAGACAAACUUCAUUCCUGGCCUGACCCCGAACGCACGGCCUAAGCUGAUGCUCAACCCGUCCCUCGCCGUUCGUCCGAAACCCAAGCUGCGGUUAAAACCAGACCCCAUGCCAACAUCUGACCCGGCUCCUCCUCCUCCUCCUCCUCGUUCUCCUCCUGUGACGGUUCCUACAGCAAAGUCGUACCUUCCUCCGGCAAAGCUUCUCCAGGUGAAGUGGAAAAAGCCCAUCAAGCGAGGAGGAGGCGGCGGUGGCGGAGCGUUCGCUCAGCAGGUGCUGAACAAGAAACGCGCGAUCAUCGCCUCCCCGAAGAAGGCAGACAUGCGGGGGAAGGUCGCGGAGAAGUUCGCAGAGAAGGUUCCUCGGACGCAGACUCUGGGGAGGCCGGUAAAGAACGGCGCUCUGGCGAAGAGUGGGACACUGCAGGAGAAGGGAAAGUCCGCGCUCCGGAAGAAGAUUUUAUCGGCACAGAAGAAAGGCGGCUCGGCAGCGAUGCAGAAGAAGAAGGGCAUUACAUUGUCCCACACGAAGUACAAAGGCAUGAACGAGGCAAUGAAGGUGAAAAGUCGGCCAGUAAAGGACUACGGGCGGAAGCGACUUCCGCUCAUCGCUCCCAACAUACUGGAGGCACACGCGCACAACCAGGGAUUCGGCGACGUCUACCGACCCCAAGGUGAUGUGCUGUGUUCCCUGAACUGUGUCGGGCAGGAAGGACUAGCACCGAGCCUACAGUGUGCGUCUUGCCUGUGUCUCUUCCAUCCGACCUGCUUGGGAAUGAUUGGACACCCUACCGGACCAUUCUUGUGCACGAAAUGUGCGUGCAUCAUUGCUGGCACGAAACCUCUAGGACUGGACAUCGGCCAGCACUCCGCUUACCCACCCGGCGCCGACACCCUCUCCUACUCAAACUCCGCCAUGCUAGACUACGCGACGUCCUGGAGCUACGGCCGCGCACCCUGGGAGUACGCGGUGCCCUCCUGGGGCCCAGACGCGUACCACUACGCCGCACCGCCGAACCGCCAGUUCCCGCCGCCUCCACCGUUAAAGAUGGCGCCACACGCCGUCCAGGCGUCGCGCGGAGCGAGAUCUCCGCCGGAGGAAUACAUGGCGGCGCAGCGAUUGUUCUACGCGCAAAGUCACGGCGACGCGUCGCCGCGGCAACCGGAGCGAGGCGUCGCCAUCGACAUCACGUUCACCGACGUCGCGAGGAAGCGCAGCCCCGUGAUCGCCGCGAUGCCCGUCGCCACGGGAACGACGUGGCAGGCGCCGCGGAAGCCGGGGAAGCGUGUGCUGCGUCGCGGGGCGGUCGACCCGGGAGCGUGCGUGAUCCAGCGGCUGCAUGCGGGGCUGGAGGUGCUGCCGCUCAUCUUCCGGCGGCUGUCGUUCAGCGAUCUGAUGAGCGCGAGUCGCGUGUGUCGCAUCUGGCGUGGCCUCAUCGACACGCCGACGAUGUGGAAGACUAUGGUCUUUCGUGGCUGUGAACGAUUCGAUUGGAAGGCUGUCACAGAAGUUGGUCGCAUAUACAACACGACACAUUUGGAUCUGAAAGGCUUGAAAAAUGUGCCAAAAAUUGGUUACGAAUCUCCCACCACUAGGUGGCAGCACGUGCUUGAUGCUGUUCAGUUGCUGCCUUCAUUGAAGAGGAUUACCUUUGGUCAGGUGCCAGCGUUCGUGUUGGAAAGAAUGGCAGACAUUACUGAGCUGGCUGAUAGAUUGGAGGUGGUAUCUGCUGAGUGGAUCAUAGACACUGUGCCAUCGCCAGAAAUGUGUCGAUGACGACGUUACAGGAAGUGCCUAAGGAGGAGUUCCAGUUUCUGGCUGGCAUGGACAGUCUAGUGACGCUGGAACUUGGUGAUUGUAAGACGUGGAACAAGGAGACGUACGCGCACCUCGGUCAGUUGUCAGGGCUGAGGCAUCUACGCCUGGAGCACGGGGGAACCGUUCCUGAUACAGGGCUGGCCGAUGCCAUCGCUAACAUGACUAGGUUGGAACAUCUGGAGCUCAUCAUGUUCACAGUGGCAGAUACGCUCGCUGGCUCGUUGCAUCAGCUCAGAUAUCUGCACACGCUCACAAUCUGGCCCGACGUCCAACAGCCCGCUCUCGUCAACACAAACGUCUUCAACAUCCUCUCCUGUCUGCCGAAGCUGGAGAUGCUAGACUGGGGCGUACUCUGCGAGACGAACAACAACAAAGACUGCGAACACGAUAAGAACUGUGAGACGAAGGAUCUUCCAAGCGGGAAGCCGACUGAAGCUCCGGAAGUCGGGACGAAGGUUUCCGAGCCCGCAGGGAGGGCGAGCCGGGCGCGGCGGAAACGAGACAGGGAUGCGAAGGAUGCGGGGGAAUCUGGCAUCCCGGUCGGAAGCGUGGAAGAGAAGAGCGAGGUGAAAGUAGGCGAAGGGAAUGCAGAUGAGGUGAGGAAGUCUGAGGAUGGAUAUGGAAGUCCGAUAGAUGAAACGGGGGCUGGUGAGUCUAGAAAGAGUGUCGUACGUACAGACGAGACUGGAAUCGUAGAAACUAUUGCAGACGAUCUCGGCAAGGAUGAAAGAAACGUGGAUGACUCCAGUAACGAUGACAAUGAUCCCGAGGAGAGCAGAAACAGUGAAGCUAAGGCUAUUGAGGGUGAAAAGGAUUGUGCUGAGGAUGUAAAAGAGGAUGAUGGAAGUGCAAGUGAAGUCAGCAAAAGCGAAGAGAAUGUGAUUGAUGCCAUUAGUAAGGAUGAAAGAAAUGUAGAGAACUUCAGAGAUAGUGGCGAUAUCGUUGAUGCAACCAGAAAUGUUGUGGUUAACAUUGACACGACUAUAAAAUCGGGUGAAGCCAAUGCAGGUGAUGCUACACUCGGCGAUUUGAAUGAGAAUGAAUCUGUAAAAGAUGUGGCUAAUACCGACGAGAAGGAAACCGACAAAACAAGCUUGGAGCAAGAUGGGAAAGUGAACGCUUCCAAUAGCAACGCAUCGUGUGUGAAUAACACCGGUGACAUAGAAGCAGACAACGCCAAUAAGGACGACUCGAACGCAGCAGAAACAAAAAUCGACACCGACACAGAUGAAGCCAGAAAAGACAAAUCGGUAUGUGCGACCAAACCACACGGCGAAGAUUCCUCAAUCGACGGUAAGGACACGGGCGAGAAGCGAGAAACUCGAAGCACCGGUAAGGACAGUCCCGGCGAAAACCAACAAACUAUUCACUCGCCAGGGGGCACUGCGUUGGAGAAACCGCCGGCGACGGGCGAACUGAAGUCGGUUAAGCAGAGCGCGUCGACGAUCCCGUUCCUGCCCGGCGCGAUGUACAGAGAGGGCGCCCACGAACAAGUGCAGAACAGCCAGACGACGGAGUACCUGUCCGUAGCCCAGCUCAUGGACAGUCUGUGCACGAUCCUGCCGGAAACGAAGAUACGUAUCCUGCAGAUCCCCAUGCUCGACUCCGCCGGGGCGCCCUCUGCUGAGAGACUGGACUAGAUCGGCACUGGUGGUGCCACCUGGAGAAAAACAGCCGGGGAUUGUUUCUGCUGUUGUGACUUUGUGCUAGAGCAAGGAUUGGGGAGCUUUUGAACUGAGGGAUUGCGUCGGGCUUGCCGUAGCGCCAUCUGUUGAGAGGCCUGCUGAAGAGAUGAUGAACUACGCGGCUUUGCUCUGUAUAAUAAUAUAUAUAAGGUCUGGAGAAUGCUUCUUCAGAGCAGUAUUGCAAGAUGAUUUUCCUGUUUUGUGACGUAGUGUGUUCAUGUAAGGAAGGUCGAUUGACUUAAAAUAACUCUAUGCGAUAUUAUUAUGUACAGAUGUUUGUGAAUAGACAGAUGGGAGUAAAAGCGGUUUUAUUAAAUUAAUUGCAUUACAAGGUAUAUGCUUUAAUGAUGUUAAUAUCCCUUCACAGUUAGCACUGCAAGUUUGGUGUUAUGGGAUAGCGUAUUCUGGAAUUAGUUUUAAUGCUUAUGGUGGCAAAGUUUUCAUAAUAAUCUUGCAUUUGAGAGCUAUUGCUAAUAACUGCAUAUUUACUGUACCUGUUAAAUAGGGGAAACACUUAGAGUGCACUCUUACAUAUCCGUUGCUGAACAUGGCUAUUCUUUGGCAUCCAAUGAAACCGUAGUCAUCAUUUCAAUUUAAAUAUGGCAACGGGAUAAAGGAAUCAUGUGCAUGACAUAUUUAGAAUUGGGAGGCUGAUGAUCGCGAGCAAAAUCAGGCCAGACAUGUUUUUAUUGGCGGCUGCAGUGAACAGGGAAGACAAAACUGCGUUUCAUGUGCCGAUCUUUACCCUAAUAAUAGUCGACUAUAGUUGUGAGCCUCUUUUUCAAAACUUGAGCAGAACCUAGCAGGCUAACAUGCAUAUGGCAUGCAUUUGUUAUACUGCAUUCCUCUGGAUCAUAAACAGAUGGGGGUGAUACGCACUCCGAUUGCGAUUCGCGGAGAACCAAAUGAGGUGAAAUAUAUUAGGUAUUUAGCGAAUAUAUGUCUAACUAAAUUUCUCUCCUUAUGUACAAUGAAAUGCUCUCAGAAAAGUGCAUUAUGCAUAGCUGUUUACUGAUUUGGACGUAGGAAACUGGAGUAACUUGGCAGUAAAUUGUUCCUGUGACACAGUAAUCAUUCAUGAAAUACAUUUUAUCAGGAGUGAAUAAUAGAUGAUUAAUCUAUGGAAUAUAAUCUAUUAUUAUUCACUCCUGAUUUUAUUGAUUAGCUAUGAGUGGUAUUUUGAAGGUACUGCUUAUAUACAGUUUAAAUCACAGUAAAACAUGUCAGAACAGCUGUUACAAGUGUAGCAAGCAGUGGGUGGUUUGCCUAUAAUCGAGUCAUAAGUUGGCCACCGGGAGUUAAAAUAGGGCUCACACAUCUAAAAUAUCAUCCAAGUAUUAAUGUGGCACCUGAGUAAAAUACUUGGAUAAUACAAACUACUACAUGUACAGACUAUUAUAGAUUAAUUGAUUAUUUAAAGUAAUCAUGGAUGUUAAUUGUUUUUUAGGAAAAAGGCCUGUGCUUUGCCAAAGGUUAAAAAAUAAAAUAUUAAAUGAA